GCUCCCAGGUAGCCCCCUGAUUUUGACAAAGUCAUGUGAAAGCCAUGUGAUUUCCACUAGGGUACGUAUAUAAACGGUUCUUCUUAAAGCACCAGUUUUACAGGAACCCAGUUUCACACAGCAGUUGUGGUGAGGGAAGAAACUCCAAUAUGAACCGGGCUAUGACAAUUGUUGUCUAUACUUCUGUUCUAACAGUUUGUUUGGGACUGGACUAUCCAAGGAACGGUCCCUGCAAAGGUGAUUAUGAUGGUCCUUACAAAGAGUCGGAGGUAAAAGAAUACACUGCAAUGGCUAACUGCACCGAGGGUCGCUUUGACUGGAACUUCCCCAUGGGUGCAACUUUGUUUCGCAUGCAGAGUUCAGUAUACGAUGACUUUCAGUUCUGUUUUCAAGAUUUGUACGGCUCUCAACUGGCCGGGUACUGGAAAAUUUACGACGUCACAGGCGAAAAGAUUGUCCAGAUCGCAAAACCCACUAGGAGAGGUCAGGUUGUCUGUCGUCAAUCCCAAAAUGGCAGAGUUGGCCUUUUUCUGCAAUCUACGGAGAAGAAAACAUACGCCGCAGCGUUUGCGUACAAACUCGAGAGCAAAUGAUGAUGAC